UCAAAAGGGAGAGGGCCGUUGCCACGGAUGGGGUUACACAAGCAAUAGGCUUCCGCUCGGAUGCCGAGCUAUGCCGUCCUUUCACACAAGAGAUAAAUAAAUGACGCGCACCGCUGGCAGUCCAAACCCCGCCGCAAACCCAUCCGCAAACACAGAGAGCAUCGUCUCCAUCAUCGACACCCCGGCUGGCAUGGCAGCAUCGCAUCAUCAAAGAUGCUAUGAACAAUAAGCUGGUGUGGGCGCCAGUCGACCUGAAGCAAUCGGCACUGCGCAUCUUGGAUAGCGGCACUGCCGAUGGAGUAUGGAUCCGGGAUCUGCAAUCCGACCUCGAGCCUGACGAAGCGCAGCAUACCUACGUGGGCAUCGACAUUGAGGGCUCGUACUUCCCGUCUGGCCCACCCAAGAAUACCUCGUACCACGUCCAAGACAUCAAUGGGACCUAUCCCGCCGAAUGGAAGGGCUCAUUUGACUUGAUUCAUCAGCGACUCACUCUUUGUGUCUCGGGAGGCGUGGAAUCAACCUCUGACGCGGUCAGGAAGCAGGUCGAGCUGUUGAAGCCGGGCGGCUGGAUUCAAUAUGUGGAAGUUCAAGGCUGGACAGCAGAUAGCGAUGGCCGGGGAUGGAAGGACUUUACAACGUGUGUGGCCGAAUUGGUCGCGUCCGUCGGCUCCUCGGUCACUCAUAUUGACCGUGCCAAGGGAUGGCUUCUAGAUUUGGGACUCGUCGACGUGGAAGAGGUCGUGCUGGAAGGAAACUUUGGCACGCGGGACGACAAGGAGCUGGAAACCCUGGCCAAGAAAUCGGCACUGCUCACUGCGCAGAGCAUUCUAGGUGUCGCGCAAACAUUCCCUCAAGAGCUCCUGUCCCUUCCCCUAGCCCGGAUUCCCCAGAUCAAGACGGAUCUGGAGAAGGAGAUGAAUACGGAACCGACCAAUGCCCAUUGGCACUACAAGGUUGUCUGGGGAAAGAAGCCUCAAUGAAAGGCGUCCACCAGAGGUCCUAGACAUAUGAAUGGGUGAUUCAUGACGGUUUGAAGAUAGU